AUGAAAUCGUCCUUUCGGUUCGCGAACCUGUGCGGAACCGUGUACCAGCAAGGCAACGUGGCAUUUGACAAAGAUGACUCGCUAUACUCACCGGUAGGCAACCGGCUUUCCGUGUUCCAUCUCGUGCGCAAUAGCUCGUCGACGCUGCCGUUUGAGACACGGAAACCAAUAGCACGGAUCGCCAUUUCCCCUGCGAAUCCCAGUCUGGUACUUGUAGCGGACGAGGAUGGGCAUGCAUUACUAGUGAAUACGAACCGCCGUGCACUGCUUGCACAUAUGAACUUCAAACUGCCCGUGCGCGACGUACAGUUCUCUCCCGACGGCCGCUUUCUUGCCGUGACGCACGGAACGCAUGUGCAAGUAUGGCGAACGCCGAGCGUAUUGGUGCGCGAGUUUGCGCCUUUUGUACUACACAGGACAUAUACCGGUCACUCUGACGAUGUGCUGAGCAUUUCCUGGUCGAGGAGCGGCUGCUUUUUCCUGACAACGUCCAAGGAUAUGACCGCGCGCCUCUUUUCGCUCGAUCCCGUCCCUGGAUUCAGGCCCAAGACAUUUACAGGGCACCGCGAUGCGGUUUUACGCGCCUUUUUUUCGCUGGACGAACGGACAGUGUAUACAGUGUCGCGCGACGGCGCAUGCCUUACGUGGGGCGCAAAAGAAGAGGAUAUGGAGCUCGAUGUGCCUCAAGACACGGAGGGCACAGAAGAGCAUGCCGUUGGGUUCAUACGCUGGGGCGUGCUUGCACGGCACUAUUUUCAUCAAGCGAAUACCCAAGUCGCGUGCACAGACUUUCACGCGCCGACUUCGCGCUUGGUCGUGGGCUUUAGCAAUGGCCUCUUUUCCUUGCGCGAUAUGCCCGACUUUCACGAAGUGCACGCACUGAGCAUCAGCCAGGAAAAAAUUGACAGCGUUGCUUUUAACCGCUCCGGCGAAUGGCUCGCGUUUGGCGCACAGCGGCUCGGGCAGUUGCUUGUGUGGGAAUGGGCGAGCGAGUCCUACAUCUUAAAACAGCAGGGCCACUUCUAUGACAUGAACGCCGUCGCUUUUGCACAGGACGGCCAAAUUGCUGUCACGGGUGGCGACGAUGGCAAAGUCAAGCUGUGGAAUACCGCUUCUGGAUUUAGCACCGUCACGUUUGCAGACCACACCGCGCCUGUGACAUGUGUUGAAUUCGCAAAGCAGGGUCAAGUCCUGUUCACUGCGAGCUUGGAUGGCACAGUACGUGCCUACGAUCUGGUCCGCUACCGCAACUUUCGUACCUUUACGAGCCCCGCACCUGUACAGUUUGUCAGUUUGGCCGUAGAGCCUUCUGGGGAAGUGGUGUGUGCAGGAAGCCAAGAUGUGUUUGACGUGUACAUGUGGAGCGUCCAGACGGGCAAGCUCCUCGAUGUUUUGGCGGGCCAUACCGCGCCCAUCUCAGGCCUUGCAUUCGACCCUACAGGCAGUGGUAUGCUGGCCAGCACAAGCUGGGAUCGGACGGUGCGAUUCUGGGAAGUGUUUCGUCGCAGUGCACACACUGAGUCGAUGCAAUUGAAUGCAGAGGGCCUUGCCAUCUCUUUUCGACCGGACGGCAAGGAAGUAUGCGCCUCGUCACUCGAUGGCGUGCUUACUUUCUACAAUACACAAGAUGCGGCGUGCAACGGUGUGCUCGAUUGCCGGCGCGAUAUCGCUGGUGGGCGGAGCAUCAACGACCGCAUCUCGGUACGGAACAAUGCAGCCGGCGCUGCGUUUACCAGUCUGUGCUACGCUGCAGAUGGCACGUGUAUCCUCGCGGGAGGGAAUGCCAACUAUGUGUGUUUGUACGACGUGCGCGAGCAAGUAUUGCUAAAGCGCUGGACGCUCAGUCUGAACCUGGCGCUGGAUGGGACACAGGAUAAGCUCAAUUCGCGCGACGUUACCGAUGCGGGCAACGUUGCACUAAUCAAUGACGUCGACGAAAAUGAACUUUCUUUGCAUGAGCGCAUGGAUCGCAGCUUGCCGGGUGCACAGCGCGGAGACCUGAGCAAGCGAUCCACACGGGCACAAGCACGGUCCAAGUGCGUUCGAUUCUCGCCCACCGGACAAACGUGGGCCGCGGCAUCUACCAGUGGCUUGUUGCUGUACUCUUUGGACGACCAAACUACGUUCGAUCCUACCGACCUGGAUAUGGAGCUUACACCACAGGCGGUGCGUGCAGCUUCGCAUCAAGGCGAUACGCUGCCCGCCUUGCUGGGUGCAUUGCGCCUGAAUGAUCCUGCACUGAUGGCCGAAGUGUAUGAACACGUAAAGAUGAAGGAGGUGCCUUUGAUUGCAUCGCAGCUUCCCACCGUAUAUCUUGCACAGGUGCUGGGUCUUGUUGCGUCGCGGUUGGAUCCGGCGAAUGAGAGUCCGCACGUAGAAUUCCAUCUUUCCUGGCUCGCUUCCCUUUUCCAGGCCCAUGGUGCGAUCAUUCGUGCACAGAGCAGCACGACGUAUGCGCCUGUAUUGCGUGCCGUGCAAAUGGCGCUCAACGAGCUGCGGGCAAAUGUAAAGACAACUGGCGAUCGCAAUGCGGCAAGCAUCCUGUAUAUUUGGAACGCAUUCUCGACGCGCCCGCUGCAGCGUGUUGAAAAUGAGGUGUAG